GAAGCAAUUCCGCAGUGGUUGCCGGGAUCGCGCUGAUGUGGCCCCACCUUCCCCCUCCCCGUCCCGGGAUGUCGGAAGAAAACCGACAGAUGAAAUUGGCCGCGGCCAAGAAAAAGUUGAGGGAAUUUCAGCAGAAGAACAACCUUGGUGCUUUCCCAAAGAAGAAAAAGAAGAUUAAAAAUGGCAGUAGCCCUGAGAUAACCACUUCUGAUGAUGGUCACUCUCCUGAAGAUAUUCAGGACAUUCUGAAGGUGCUGGUGUCCGACCUUAACCGCUCCAAUGGGGUAGCACUCCCCCCAUUGGACAAUUGGAAGGCGCCCAAAGACCGCGCCGCUACUGCUUCAGAACCUGCUGUUGACACUGUGUCACCUGACGGUGUCCCUUCCCCCAGUGCUAGUCCCCCCCGUGUCACUGGCAUGGCAUCAACUCAGAACCAUGAUGCUGAACAUGGUCCUAGUCCCAUGGAUGAAAGCAUAUCCAUUUCAUCUACUGAGAGCCUGCGCCAGCUUUCUCAGCAGCUCAACGGUCUUGUGAAAGAGUCUACAUCGUACAUCAAUGGGGAGGGCCUAGCAUCUUCUGCUAAUAUAAAGAAUCUGGAGAGCCGGUACCAAGAGCUAUCAGUAGCCCUGGACUCCAGCAAUCUAACAAACAAACAACUCAGUAGCAAGAUAGAGGAAUUGAAACAACAGAACCAGGAAACUUUGGAUCAACUAGAAAAAGAGAAGAAGGAAUUUAAGCAAAAGCUUGCGAAGGAACAAGGGGCUCUAAGAGAGCAGCUCCAGGUCCACAUUCAGACCAUAGGGAUUCUCGUGUCUGAGAAGACGGAAUUACAGACAGCCCUGGCUCAUACUCAGCAAGCAGCCAGGCAGAAAGCAGGAGAGUCGGAGGACCUCGCGAGUCGCCUGCAGUCUUCCCGGCAGCGCGUAGGGGAGCUGGAGCGGACUCUGUCUGCCGUGUCCACGCAGCAGAAACAGGCAGACAGGUACAACAAGGAACUAACCAAAGAGCGAGAUGCCCUCAAGCUGGAGUUAUACAAGAACAACAAAAACACUGAGGACCUGAAGCAGCAGAACUCAGAACUGGAGGAGAAGCUUCGAGUCUUGUUGACAAAGAAGGAGUCCCUGCAGCUCGGGAUGGAGGAGCUGCAAAAGAAGCUGGAGAUGUCAGAGCUCCUGCUGCAACAAUUUUCUAGUCAAUCUGAACCCCGUGAUAACAACCAGCAGUUACAGCAGGCCCUGGCAGAGCGGGCACAGCUGGAGACACAAGUGGUGCAGCUGAAGGAUUUGCUGAGGCAACUGCAGGUGGAGAGAGACCAGUACGCAGGGAAUCUGAAAGAAGAGAAUGCCUUUUGGCAGCAGAAGAUGCAGCAGGUGUCGGAGCAGAUGCUCAGGUUGAGGGAGGAGAAGGAGCACAGCGUGAGCCGGGUGCAGGAGCUGGAGACCAGCUUGGCCGAACUGAAGAACCAGAUAGCUGUGCCCCGACCCCAGGAGCCCCCAGCAGGGCCCUCAGAGGUGGAACGGCGCCUGCAAGCAGAAGCUGAACAGCUUCAAAAGGAAGUGAAGAGCCUGGCAGGGCAGCUGCAGGCCCAAGUGCAAGACAAUGCAAGUCUGAGCCGCCUGAACCGGGAGCAGGAGCAGCAGCUGUUGGAGCUGCAGCGGGCGGCCGAGUUGUGGGGGGAGCAAGUGGAGGAGCACAAGCAGGUUCUGGAGGCCGUGCAGAGCGACCGCACCACCAUCAGCCGCGCGCUCUCCCAGAACCGCGAGCUUAAGUCGCAGCUGGCUGAGCUGCAGGAUGGCUUCGUCAAGCUGACCAAUGACAACAUGGAGAUUACCAGCACGCUGCAGUCGGAGCAGCACGUCAAGAAGGAGCUGGCCAAGAAGCUGAGCCAGCUGCAGGAGAAGCUGGGAGACCUGAAGGAGACGGUGGAGCUGAAGAGCCGGGAGGCUCAGAGUCUGCAGGAGCAGCGAAACCAGUACGCGAGCCACCUGCAGCAGUACGUGGCCGCCUAUCAGCAGGUGGCCUCUGAGAGGGAGGGGCUGCACAGGCAGCUCGUGCUGCAGACCCAGCUCAUGGACCGGCUGCAGCACGAGGAAAUUGAGGGCAAGGCGGCGGCCAAGGUGGCCCGCCAAGAGUUGCAGGAGACCCAGGAGCGCCUAGAAGCUGCCAACCAGCAGAACCAGCAGCUACAGGCCCAGCUGAGCCUCAUGGCUGUGCCUGGGGAAGAAGGAGAUGGACUGGAUGUUGUGGAGAAGGAUGAGGAGGCUCCCCGGCCAAAGCUGAGCGUGCCGGAGGACCUAGAGAGCCGAGAGGCCAUGGUGGCCUUUUUUAACUCGGCCUUAGCCAGUGCUGAGGAAGAGCAGGCACGGCUGCACGGGCAGCUGAAGGAGCAAAGGAGGCGCUGCCGGCGCCUGGCUCGCCUGGCAGCCCCGUCCCAGCAGGAGCUGGAGAAGGAGGCCCCAGCCCCUGGGAGUGGGGGCGACAGUGUGCCUCGGGAGACCCACCAGGCCCUCCAGGUGGCCAUGGACAAGCUGCAGAGCCGCUUUACAGAGCUCAUGCAGGAGAAAGUGGAUCUGAAGGAGCGAGUAGAGGAGCUGGAGCAUCGCUGCAUCCAGCUGUCUGGAGAGACAGACACCAUUGGAGAGUACAUUGCCCUGUACCAGAAUCAGAGGGCGGUGCUGAAGGAGCGGCACCGGGAGAAGGAGGCGUACAUUAGCCGGCUGGCUCAGGACAAGGAGGAAAUGAAGGUGAAGCUGCUGGAGCUGCAGGAGCUGGUGUUACGCCUGGUGAACGAGCGUGAUGAAUGGUAUGGCAAGUCUGUGGCAGCUGCCCAGAAGCCUGCUGGCGAGCCCGCUACAGCGCCCCCAGCCGCCCAGGAGCUUGGCGCUGUCGACAGCCAAAACACCGCUCAGGAUGAUCUCCACGAGGUGAGCCUCACCAACAAUGUGGAGCCUACCCAGGCAGAGGCCCUGCUGGGCCAGGCUGCCCCUGAGAACCUCACUGCGCAGCAGAUCAUGCAGCUGCUGCGUGAAAUGCAGAAUCCCCAGGAGUACCCAGGCUUGGGCACCAACCCCUGCGUCCCCUUCUUCUACCGGGCCGACGAGAAUGACGAGGUGAAGAUCAUGGUGAUCUAAGCCUGACACAAGCAGGCAAAGCCUGGAGACUUGGGGCCGGGGGCUCUGCCCCCACCCUAUCCUUGCCACUCCGUCCCUGCCACCCUGUCCCUGCCACCCCGUCCCCAGUCAUCCUUCCCCAGUCACCCUUUUAUCCCUAGACUAGCAAGAUAAGACCCCUGAGAACGGGUAUGAUGAGCCCCCUGUCUAAUGUGGGGAGAAAAAAUGAUGAGCCCCCUGUCGAAUGUGGGGAGACAAAAACAUGUGCCCCCUGUCUAAUGUGGGGAGACAAAAUGAGCCCCACG